GUCUAAAUAUUUCCUAUUUUAAACUCGACAGCAUGUAGGUACGCUUUAAUAAGGAAAAUCCUCGAGACAAAUGAUAUUGAAAGUAGAACCGCGACCCAGUGACAUUUAUACAUUAAUUUGACUAGUCUAGUGUGGUGUUUGUGGCUGUGUUGAUGUCGAUGUGAGAAGAAUGUCAGUGUGUAAAUACGCAACAGCAGGUUGUGUAAUCACGAUUUCAAUAAUGCUUUUGAGGAAAUUUUCAAGAGCUUAUAGGGUUUAUAAACGUGCAAUGACAAUAGCUGGAAAAGAAAUGUUAAACAAAACAGUCAUUAUAACAGGAGCAAACUGUGGCAUCGGAAAAGCUACGGCAUUGGAGCUCGCCAAAAGACAUGCUCGUGUCAUAUUGGCAUGCAGAGACAAGGAGAAAGCCAAUUCUGCUAUAUCAGAUAUUAGGAGAAUCACUAGCAGUGGAGAGGUGGUCUUCAGACACCUCGAUCUAGAGUCUUUCAGAUCCAUUAGAGAUUUCUGUUGCGAGGUAAUUGAAAAUGAAACUAAGUUAGAUAUACUGAUCAACAAUGCAGCAGUGAUGAAUCACCCCUACAAAAAAACUGAAGACAAUUUAGAAAUCCACAUGAGUGUUAAUCAUUUCGGAAAUUUUUUGCUCACAAACCUUCUUUUGGAUCUGCUGAAAAAAUCGUCUGCAGGCAGGAUAAUAUUCGUGUCUUCUGCCUUACAUAAAUAUGGAAAAGUGAAUAUGGAAGACUUUCAAGGCCAACAGAAAAAACCUUAUGCUAACAGCAAACUUGCCAAUGUAUACUUUGCACGAGAACUAGCACACAGGUUGAAGGGGACAGGAGUGGCUGUGCACACAUUGCAUCCUGGCAUGGUAAAUACAGAAUUAUCAAGAUACUCUUAUGCACCAGUCCUAAACAUCAUAGUGAAUCCAUUAAAGUAUCUCCUACUCUCGUCUGCUGAAGAAGGAAGCCAGGGUAUUGUGCAUCUUGCAAUGGCUAAUCUUCAAAGUGACACUGGAAAAUAUUAUGGUAGAACAGGUGAAGAAGAAGAAUGGCCUGAAAUCUCAUCAGACAGGGCAAUUUGGAAAAAGAUGUGGGAAAUCAGUGAAAAAUUAACCAAUCUUCAGUGAAUUAAAUCUUUUACCUUCAAAUUAUUGAGUGGACCCUGAGAUCCAUGCAGAAAAUUUAUUUAAACUAGGUUAAAUUGGAUGCUAUGGAGAAAAGUCAGCUUGCACAAAUGUACACAUGUUUUCACUUUAAGAGAAUUUUAAAAAUCUACAGUUCUUUAUGAUUUGUGAAAAAUAGUUUUUAGUAUUCUUAAUAAUAAAUGAUUAAUGUGG